AUGCUGGAAUUGUUUGUUAAACGUGACAUGAACUUUGAUAUGGUUAAAGUAAAUGCAAGAAAAAUGAUGGAGAGUAGUUUGAGUAACGCAUAUGUACACAUCGUGUUAAUUCCAAACAAUAAUGUUAUCGGAAGAGAACUGAUAAAAAAAAAUGGUGUAGAUGUAGACAGCCAAGUGUCAAGUGCUCGCGUGAAGCAAAAAGAUUGCUGUUUAGAGGCGCGUGUGCGCGCGCAUAAGGCGAGGUGGCGCGAUGGCGAUGACGAUAACGACGACGAUAGCGAUGUCGACGAAGAGAAAAAGGGGGAGAGAAAGGAAAGAUAG